AGACGAAGGCCUUAAAAAGCAGUUGCCUAUCAGCAAACUUCUCCAUUCCACAUGAAAUGUCAUCAUCUACAUUAGUAGAGCCAUUGCCCUCGAUGAAGAUACGCGAACACCAUCGCCAACAAGAACCAGACGAAUCUAAGCAAAGUUUGGCUCUGGUAAGCAUCAAUGGUGGUGGUGGAACAGCCUCCUCCGCCCCGCUCGUGUCGUCGUACAACGACAGGAUCCGCCCACUGAUCGACGCCGUGGACAGGCUGCGCCACCUUAAAAUCAUGCAGGAAGGCAUCCAGCUCCCGACCAUCGUCGUCGUCGGCGAUCAGUCGUCGGGAAAAUCAAGCGUCCUCGAAUCCCUCGCCGGAAUUAGUCUCCCAAGAGGGCAAGGCAUUUGUACGAGAGUCCCUCUCAUUAUGAGGCUUCAAAAUCAUCAGAAUCCUCAACCGGAGCUCUCCCUGGAGUUCAACGGAAAAGUAGUCCCCACUGAUGAGGAUCACAUCGCCCACGCCAUUGUGGUGGCCACCGACGAGAUCGCCGGCCAGGGGAAGGGCAUCUCCAAUCACCCCCUCACACUGGUGGUGAAGAAGAGGGGCGUACCAGAUCUCACCAUGGUAGAUCUCCCCGGAAUCACUCGAGUUCCGGUUCACGGCCAGCCGGAAGACAUCUACGAGCAGGUUUCCGGUAUCAUAAUGGAGUACAUCACGCCGGAGGAGAGCAUCAUUUUGAAUGUGUUAUCGGCAAGCGUGGAUUUCUCCACGUGCGAGUCCAUCAGGAUAUCUCAGCGCGUCGACAAAACAGGGCAGCGGACUCUCGCCGUCGUGACCAAAGCGGAUAGAUCGCCGGAGGGUCUCCUCGAGAAGGUGACGUCCGACGACGUCAACAUCGGCCUCGGUUACAUCUGCGUGAGGAACCGCAUCGGUGAAGAGUCAUAUGAAGAGGCACGUGCUGAGGAGGCUGCUCUUUUCCACACGCAUCCUCAGCUCUCCAAGAUCAGCAAGUCCAUGGUCGGAGUCCCCGUGCUGGCGCACAAGCUGGUUCAGGUGCAGGCAAAGAUCAUCGUCAAAUGCCUGCCGGAAAUCGUGAGAAAGAUCAACGAGAAGCUGUCGUCGAACGUGGAGAAUCUGAACAAGCUGCCUCGGAACAUGACCAACGUGGCCGAAGCUAUGACGGCGUUCAUGCACGUGCUCGGCGCCGCCAAGGAGUCGCUCAGGAAGAUCAUGCUGAGGGGCGAAUUCAACGAGUACCCAAACGACAAAGAGAUGCACUGCACGGCUAGGCUCACGGAGAUGCUCAACCAAUAUUCUCAGGAUUUGCAAUCUCUGGGCGGUGCGGAAGAGCCCAAGGUUGCCUUCCUUGUUAAGGAGAUGAGCGUUUUGGAGGAGAGCAAACCCAUAGGUUUGCCUAAUUUUCUACCCAGGGCUGCUUUCAUGACUCUGUUUCAGGGAAAGGUGAAUGCCAUAUCACUGGCACCAGUUGAAUUCUUGGACAAGAUGUGGAGCUACAUCGAGAAGGUGGUGGUUGCUGUGCUGAUGCAGAAGGUGGAGAACUACCCGCAGCUGCUCUCCUCCACGAGAAAGGCGGCGCAGAAUCUGGUGGCUACCAACAAGCACAAGUCGGUGGCUUGGGUGACUGACAUGGUGGAGAUGGAGAAGGUAAGCGACUACACCUGCCACCCCGACUACUCCGCCUCGUGGAACAAGCUCAUGUCUCACCAGAAGGAGUUCAAGGAGGUCCUCGGGGACCCCAACAGGGCUCCGAGGCUCAACAAUUUAGAAUUCCUUGAUCAGUUACAGAAGGAGGACGAGAUUGAGGAGGAAUCCCUUGCUAACCUGCAGGAUGGGGCUGACAUUGAGCAGGAGUUUAUCGAUAAGCUGCAAGAGGAUGAGGAUGUAGAGCAGGGCUUUCUGCUUGCCCUGCCACUAGAAGAGAAGUUUGAUGAGGUAGUUCCACUCGGUCCCCAAGAAUGUGUGGACAGGAGAUCAUCUUAUGAUAUGAGCGUUGAACGCUCACCUGGAGGGCCCGCAGCUGCGAUCGAAAGAGAUAUGUGUACGAAGAUGCUAAGGCAGAUGGAGCUUCAAUGGGGUUUUGGUUAA